AUGCAGAGAAUGACGAUGGUGGUUUGCAACUCAAAAUUACCUGGAGCAAAUCUUGAUGGUAUUCGAUGUGAAUCUCAAAUGAGAUUUCACUUUGACUCACUUCAGAGAUUACAUUACUUUGCUGGCUUUAAAACAGUUUUUGCUUCUGCUUAUGUUGCAAAAUUAAGAACUCUGAGGGUUAAACUCUUAGACAAAUAA